CAAGGGAAGAUCGGUGUGACGUUUAACAUCGGCACAAUGGACAUCAGUGUGAGAGAGAGCAGCACCCCUGUGAAUGACGGGAAGUACCAUGUGGUGCGGUUCACCAGGAAUGGGGGCAACGCCACCCUCCAGGUGGACAACUGGUCCAUCAACGAACACUUCCCAGGAGCGACAACCGAUAAUGAACGCCUUGAAAUUGCCACUAAGAAAUUCCCAUUGAAAUACGCCCGGCCAGUAGUGGACUGGCUACAAGAGAAAGGUCGUCAGCUAACGAUAUUCAACACCCAGGCCACAGUCACCAUCGGUGGCAGCGACCGCAGUCGGCCCUUCCAGGGUCAGCUGUCCGGCCUCUACUACAACGGCCUCAAGGUCCUCAACAUGGCUGCCGAGGGCAACCCCAACAUCAAGAUCAACGGCAGUGUCCGAUUGGUAGGCGACGUGCCCUCUGUGGCCGGGUCGGCUCGCACCACCGCCCAGCCCCCCGAGAUGUCCACCACCUUUAUUGAGACCACCACCACCAUGUCCACCACCACCACCCGCAAGCACCGCUCCUCUCCCACCAUACAGCAGACAACGGAUGACAUCGUGUCGUCGGCAGAGUGUUCGAGUGAUGACGAGGACCUGGAGGAGUGCGACUCUGGCCAUGCAGGUGGGCUAGGAGGUGAAUUAGUGAUCCCAGUACUCUUAGAGGAACCGUUAGUGCUGCCCCCUGUAGCUAGUCGUGCACCCUCCAUCCCCCUUCCCCCAACCCUCCGCCCACCCCUCACCAUUAUUGAGACCACCAAAGAGUCCCUGUCCACGGCCACUGAGGCGGGGGUACCUUGCUUGUCGGAUCGAGGCAGCGAUGAUUGUGAUGAUGAUGAUGAUGAUGGCUUGGUGAUAUCGGGGUAUGGCUCAGGGGAAGCGUUCAACUCUAACCUGCCCCCUACUGAUGAUGAAGAUUUUUACACCACCUUCUCCUUGGUAACAGAUAAGACCUUGUCCACGUCGGCCUUUGAAGGUGGCUACAAAGUUCAUGCGCCCAAGUGGGAAACCAAGGACUUUAGCUCUAACAAACCGUCCUCAGAACGCGGUAGGACUACCACUACCGCUGCGCUGCCGCUAGCCCCCGACCAGAGCCGCUACACCUCCACCGCAACCCUGCACCACACACCACCCGCCAAGCUGCCUGCCGGCAAAAUGAAUAACCGCGAGCUAAAACCCCAGCCUGACGUAGUGUUGCUCCCGUUGCCCACACUACCCUAUGAGGUAGACAGCACCAAGCAGAGGGCUCCUGUAAUAACCUCCCCCAUGUUCCGUAAUGUACCCACAGCCCUGCCCACCCAGCCCGGCGUCAACCGAGUCCCGGGACCCCCGGAAGUGUCCCGCCAGUCUAGCAGCACCACCGGGAUGGUCGUCGGGAUAGUGGCGGCCGCCGCCCUGUGCAUCCUCAUCCUCCUGUACGCCAUGUAUAAGUACAGGAACAGGGACGAGGGCUCCUACCAGGUGGAUGAGAGCAGGAAUUACAUCACCAACUCGGCCACGCAGAGCAAUGGAGCCGUCAUGAAGGACAAACAGCAGAGCGCAAAAGGCAGCAAAGUAAAACAGAAAAACAAGGACAAGGAGUAUUACGUGUGAGUGACGGACGUUGCGAGAUAAAAAAAAGAGAGAGAAAGCGAGGAAGAGAAAGGGAAAGAAAUAUAUAGAACUUUAUUUAACAGUUUACCUUCUAAGGAGCUGCGACGACGAAAGAUGGUAAAAAUGGAACUGUUACUUCAUGCUGUGCAGAGUGGUUGAACUAUGACAUGUUCUGUAAUAUAAAGCACACUUACUAUUGUAAGCAUACCGAGAAGGCUAAUAGCAACUUUAGUGACCUUACUCUUCUAUCUGGUCGGAGACGUAAUCAGUGUAGAACUACUUCACGGCUACUGCAUCAUUAUCCUAAGUGACUUUUAGAGCUAUGUGAUCCUUAACGUAAAUUCUAGUUUUUUUUUUUUUUGUAAACCUGUACAAAAUGAAGAUAUUCAUAUAUCUUGACCAUUUCCAGCAUGUAAGCGACAUGUAGUGCUUAACAAGAGUGAGUGGGUCAGGAUAAAAAGGAUCAUUGUAAAGUCAAUGAAAAAAAUUGACUCCUGUCGUAAAAAGAUAUGACUAAUUUGUAUUGUUUAUACAUUAUAAACGUGUGGUGUCUUAAAACGUUUAAAAAAACAAGUACUACUUUAUGUAUCAAAAUGAAACCAAGUGAGCUCAAAUGGCUAAGGAUAGAUCUCUUAGGAUCUCUUCAGAUCUCAUAAUUCUGUCAUCUGAUCUCGACCUGAUUACUCUCAUUGUGUGACGGACGGACAGAGUGACUCUGACGUGAUCGUGGCGAGAAGUGGUUGGUUUUUCUUGUCUCGGUAAAAAGCAACUGAUUGUAAUGCAUGCCCAUCCUACUGCGACAGCCAAGUACAGUACAGUACAAUAUACAGUGUUCAACUUUGCUUGAGCAGUCCAGUUCUCACCAAGGCCAAACGUUAUACUACUUCAUCAUCAGGACUACACAACUCUUUUAAUUUUGUUCCCUAAAAACCUAAACAAAGAAAAUGUGAUUAUCCCUGACGACAAAAAGGACUAAUAUUGGUUUGCAGCCAGUGCUGGUUGUAUCUUUUGCAGGCCUCUGUGUGUUGGUUCAUCGCCUCUUGUUCUAUUUUCUAUGGAGCUGUCCCAUUGAGGACAGAAUGCAGUACUAUAACACUGUUAAAGAUGUCUAUACAGAAAUAAAUCUAACGUGAAAAGUGUGAA